AUGCCAGCAAUAGUAAACCGUCUUCGAAGCCCUCGCGGUCUCGCCAUAUUCCUACUUCUACCAAUCCUCAUGGCGGCAUUCUGCUACUACACCCUCUCCCAACUCUCCACCCACUCACCUAUCCGUAACCGUAACAUCGCGCUUCUAAUAGCCCACCCAGACGAUGAAGCCAUGUUCUUCUCCCCAACAAUCCAAUCCCUCGUCUCCCCAUCCCUCCAAAACACCGUCCAAAUAGUCUGUUUCUCAAUCGGUAACGCCGAGGGAAUCGGUAACAUCCGCGAAACCGAAUUACUAGCUUCCGCCUCAAUCCUAGGUGUCACCAACGUCACCAACAGCGUAAUCAUCCUCGAUGACCCAAACAUUGAAGAUUCGAUGACAAAAUCUUGGCCGGAGGAUUUAUUAGCUUCUUUGAUUUCUGAUUCUUUGAAGGAUCUUAGAGAGGAGAAUGGUGGGAAAGGUGUGGAUACUUUUAUCACUUUUGAUAAAGGUGGUGUUUCGGCUCAUCCGAAUCAUGUUUCGUUGCUUAGAGGGGCUAAGUAUUAUUUACGACAUUAUCCCAAGCAGAAUGAUAUUUUGUUGUAUACUUUGAAUACUGUGCCGGUUUAUAGGAAGUAUAUUAGCAUACUUGAUGCUUUUGUUACUACUUUGUUGGAUAGGGUUAAGAAUGGGGCGAGCGAGGUGGAGGAGGGAGAGGGAUAUAAUGGGGCACCGAAGUCUGCUAUGUAUUUGAGUAAUUGGCAGGGAUAUAGGACGGCGCAGAAGGCGAUGACGGAAGGACAUAAAAGUCAGAUGGUGUGGUUUAGAUGGGGAUGGAUCACGAUGAGUCGGUAUAUGGUGUUUAACGAUCUAGUGCUGGACACGGAUCUAUCUUAA